CGUAACACUAGCAUUAUGGGAAAUGUAGUUGUGAGUGUGCGCAUGCGCACUGGCGCGUGAUCGUCUGACAGGCGUCUGUUUGUUUCUGUCAGGAUUUCUGCAUUUCGUUCUUCAUUAUGUCGCGACACGGGCGACACGGAGGCGAAACGAAGGUGUACGUGGGUAACCUGGGCACCGGGGCAGGUAAGGGUGAGCUGGAGCGGGCGUUCAGUUAUUACGGGCCGCUGAGGACGGUGUGGAUCGCUCGCAACCCGCCGGGAUUCGCCUUCGUGGAGUUUGAGGAUCCCAGAGACGCUGAGGACGCCGUCCGAGGACUCGAUGGCAAGAUGAUCUGCGGCUCUCGCGUGCGAGUCGAACUCUCCACCGGAAUGCCGCGGCGUUCCCGCUUCGACCGUCCACCGACCCGCCGUCCCUUCGACCCCAGCGACCGCUGCUACGAGUGCGGCGAGAAGGGCCACUACGCUUACGACUGCCACCGCUACGGCCGGCGGCGCUGGAGCAGGUCUCACUCCCGCUCACGCUCUCGGUCCAGAGGGAGGAGAUACGGGCGCUCACGCAGCCGCAGCAGAGGGAGAAGGUCCAGAUCUUUCUCUCCUCGUCGUUCUCGUUCUGGUUCUCCCAGACGCUCCAGAUCUGUGACGCCCAAACGCUCCAGGUCCAGAUCCCGCUCUCGCUCGCGGUCCGGCUCGGCUCCCAGGAGCAGAUCUGGUUCAGCCAGGAGAUCCAAAUCCGGCUCUGUGGCAAGGAGCCGGUCUGCCUCUCGAAGCCCCGCGAGAAGUGAGAGUCCAGAGCGAGACGACUGACGCUCUUCUCAAGAACCUCAGUUUCUCAUCAGACGUUUACUGCAGUACAUAUAAAGAUGUGAGUUUGAUUGUAAGGAAGCUCCAGUGAGGAGCGGAAAAUAUUUUGAGUUGAUUUCUCUGUAGCUGAAGAGAGAGUUUGUGUGCUUUUGUACCUGUUUUGUUGUGUAGCACACACACACACACACACACACACACACACACUGGUUGGGGUUUUGUAUGUGUGUAUUAAAUGAAGUGAAAACACCUCCUGUCUGUGAGAUUUCUUCACGCUGUUCCAGCAGGUGGCGCUGGCGUUCAGUACACCGGUUAAUGUAAGGACCGGUCAGAGAGCUCUGGACCCGUUAUACAGUCUGCUGCUCUGUUUCUCAAGUGUCCUUAGCAGCCUGUGAUAUCCCACAAUCCCGUGCGUGCUCUUCAGUAGGUGCUGGGAAUUAUUACAUGUGUGGGUGUGAAUAAAAACAGUGAUUUGAAAGUAAAUGAAUUCAUAAAUGUCCACUGUAACUGAUUUAAUGUUUGAUUCUGAGCUUUAUCAUCAGUCGAACCUCUUUGAGCUACAGUGUGUAGUUGAUGUCAUAUGAGAUUUUAAGUUUGCAUUAUUUAAAUAUUUCAAUAAUUGUUGAUGUUGGUCAAUGGUCAGGUGACAUGCAGGUAAACAAGUUAAAUAUUUAAUCUUUUUUUUUUUAGGAAGUGUUUAAUUUUUAGAUUAUGUAUGUA